AUGCUUGACUUUCCAGUUUUUGAACAUCAGGAGGAAGAUGGAGAGAUCGACUUCCAGCCUGGCUAUGAGCGCAUCGAAGCGCAGGCGAGGAAGCUUCAGGCGGCGGCGCGUGACCAGCGCACGAACGAGGCGAUCGCUGCCAGCGAUGCUGUCGUCAAGGAUUUGAGCGAUCUGUUUACUUCCGUCAACAAGGAGGCGGGCAAGGCGGUAUUUUUGCUUCCCACGGAUGCGGGCUACGACAGCCGAUCCGAAGCCUACCGGAAGAGGAUGGCCGAGGGCAAGCAGAAAAAUCUGAUGAGAAAAGAUGGCGAGCAACUUUGA